CUUAUCACUCUGUUUAUCACUCUUUGUUCAAACGGGUGUUUCACCAGCUGCCCUCUCAGUGGUCUCCAAAUCCCGUCAUGUCUUCAUCCAGCCCAGACUCCAGAACUGAUCCUGGUCCAGAUCCGGUCAUUUAUGGACAGCUCUUUGUACUUGGGUGUAACGGUUCGCUUCCAAGAGGAGACACGGAGCGGAUGAAGAGUAGGUUUGUUCUGCGUCAAAGGGAAAUGCCAAAUGGAGUGAGACCGAGCACCGUGCACCCAUCCUACACGCCCCAGGCCGCCAAGGUGGUGAGCAGCCGUCUGCAGCACAGUAUCUCCUUCAAAGUGACUCACAAACACACUGUGGUGGUGGAGUAUGUCCCAGACAGCAACACUGAUCUGUUCCAGAUCGGUCGUUCCACUGAGCCGCCCAUAGACUUUGUGGUGACAGGUGCCGAUCCUGCCGCUGUUUCGAGGUUCUCCUGUCGAAUCGUCUGCUCCAGAACGCCACCAUACAGCGCCCGAAUUUAUGCAGCAGGGUUUGACGACUCCAACAACAUUGUCCUCGGGGAGAAAGCAGCGAAAUGGAGAACAGCUGACGGUCACAUGGAUGCUCUCACCACAAAUGGGGUUUUGGUCAUGAAUCCUGGUCCAGGUUUUGGUCUUCAGUCUAAACCAAGAUCAUCUGAGCCAGGGUCAUGUGAAUCAGGGUCAUCUGAGCCAGGGUCAUCUGAACGAGGAUCAUCUGAACCAGGGUUGUGGAAGGAGGUCUCUGUAUGUGGAGACAUCUUCACCUUGAGAGAGACACGAGCUGCCCAAAAGAGAGGAGCCAAGGUGAAAGGCGAGUCUAACCUCCUUGUGGAUGGCUCUUUAGUGGAUCUGUGUGGAGUGAUGCUGCUGUGGCGUUCCACAGAGGGUCUGUCCCUCAGCCCAACAGAUGCACUCCUCGAAUCCUACAGACAAGAACUGAACUCGGAGCGGCCGCAAUGUCCUGUGGGAUACUACACUCUCUCCUUUCCCUCUAGACCUCCACAGUUAGACUUCCUAAAACCAGACCAAACACCCGGACUUAAACUUGACCCAAAGCAGCCCUGGGUCUACAUGCGCUGUGGCCACGUGCAUGGAUACCUCCGAUGGGGAAACCAGUGUCCCAUGUGCAGGACUAACAGUGUGUGUGUCCCAUUAUGGUUAGGUUUGGAGCGUGGAUUCUAUGUGGAUUCGGAAAAGCCAACUCAUGCUUUGGCUCCCUGCGGUCAUGUGUGCUCCCAACGAACUGCGGAGUACUGGAGCCAUGUGCGUAUGCCUCGUAUGCAGGCUCCAGUCCACGUGCACGCUUCUGAGGAUGUGCACGGCUUCCAGGCCUUGUGUCCGUUCUGUCUAAAGCCGCUGGACACUCAGACUCCAUAUGUACAGCUCAUUUUCCAGACCCCAUACUAGACAGUAGGUACAUUUACUUGACAACUGAGUAAUCAGAUAACGCAAUAGUUGGAUCUAAUUUUGGUCUGUGUUUACAUCUGAUUAUCAAAAAGACCUGGUGACAUGUGUGAGUUAAAGGCCCUUUAUAACACAAAAUUGACUCUUGUGAGCUUUAAGUCAUGUUAGAAUGUUGUUACCUCCUCAAAAACAUAUCUGGAGUUGUGUUUUGUUUCAUUCACACAUGUUUGAGUAACCCUUUAUUAUUACUCUGUCUACAUCACCAAAGCUCAGAAUGCUCGAUUCCACCUUCUGAUUUCAUGAACUGGUAGUUUUCAAGUUAAUAGCUACCUGUCACCGUUUGUUCAGAAGAGAUUGGCAGUUCCAGGGCUGAAAUGAUCCAAAUCAUUCUCAUGAGUUUAAAACAAAGUGCAGCAUUUCCUGUAUCACCACAUGACAACAUUAGGUGGAAAGGAUUCAGCCUAAAUAUGCAGGAUUUGUGUGUUAAACAUGUGUGUGUUUUUGAUGAGGAAACAGCAUUAUAACAUUGAUAAGAAAAUACCAUAAUAUAGGCCCUUUAACCAAUUGUUUUUUUGAGAAACUGUUAUAUUUGGGAGACAAACUACAAUGACUUUUUAAAUAACUCUUUAAUUUGACAUUUUUUACAUAACUUUCCUUGUUGAACAGCUGUAAACAUACAGAGUAGAGCUGAGGAGAGACUAUGUCUCUGAUCUAGUCUGGGAAUGCCUCGGGAUACCCCCAGAAGAGCUGGUGGAAGUGUGUGUGGAAAGCAAAGUCUGGGCACCUCUGCCCCAACUGCUGUCUUCACAACCCUGCCUCAGAAAAGCAGAAGAAAAUGGAUGGAUAGACAUGACAUUUCAAUAUUCUGAUAAGUACAGAAAUUAAAUCAGAUAAAGAUGAGAUUGUUGGCAUGAAUGUAAACUUUGCCAGUGGUUCUCAGGCAGUGGUUCAUUCUUCAGAGCCCCUGCAUAAGAUGUUGCAUUUAAGUUCAUCAUUUUACAUUUUAUACUUAAAAAAGAAGAGAAUAACUUUUGUUCAUUGGUGCUGACAGAGAAGACGAUGGAAUUUGAGCCAUUUUUUAUGUGAAUAAUCAGAAUUACAGAGAUAUAUGUAAUCAACUGAAGGUGUUGGUUUUGCAUAGCAUUACUAUGUUUAACAUUGUCAUAAACAUUUUUUCUUAUAUACGGUAUUUAUAUUUCAUGUCCUUGAUUUCCUUCUAAUGGGCUCAUCUUGUUUGCUGUGUAGGGCAGCAAUAAUAAACUGA